UAUAAAUUUACAAGUUUGUUUCUGUUAGUACCAGUGUCAGUAUCAAUUUGUCUCCAAAUAGCUGGGUUCUGUGCACAACAAAAAUUUCGCUUAUGUUCGUUGACUACUCUGUUAAGUUUCAGAUUCAACUCGCUCAGAUUCAACACGAAUCCCAUCACGGUCAUCCAUAAGUACCACUGCCCACGACAAAAAAUUGGGCCGCACUUGGGGUAUUCGACCGGUUGGUAUAAAGCGAACGGCUGCUGCGUGUCAGUUCACUGAAGCGGCGAUAAUGUACUUUCUGAAGCCAGCUCAAUGGGUCCUUUGUUGUUUGAUAAACGUUCAGCGCUCAGGGCACCACCGAGUGAAGGAGAGGCAAAUGCAGAAUUGGUAAAGUAUCUGUCAAAAGUUCUUAAUUUAAGAAAAAGCGAUGUGUCACUGGAUAAAGGAUCUCGUUCCCGCAACAAAGUAAUAAUGAUCACCAAAGAUGCAACAACACCCGAAUCCAUUAAACAACUUUUGCUCGGAGAAAUUGGAUCAUAAAAUAAAUCAAAUCAUACAAAAUUAGAA